AUGGCCAUUUUAAGAGAAGGAAACAUUAACAAGAGUGCUAAGGAGAAUGCAAAACAAAUCACACAGCUGACCAUAGCUGUCACAGAGAACUUCAAGAAAAAUCAGAUCUGUUUUACCGAGUUAAAGGAUGAUAUAGCACGUGUUCGCGAUAUACAGUCUGGCAUAACUGACGAAUUCGACCAACUGCACAGAAUUCAUCGCAAUGAAAAGAUCACUGCAGAGAGACUAGAAAUUUCGAAUUGGUUAACCUCGGUUGAUUAUGUCCUGCAGCAAGAUGACUUUAUCAGUCAACAACAAAUGGGGACUGGCCAAUGGUUUCUUGAAUCCACAGAGUAUCAGUCUUGGCUGAAAUCCAAUAAACAGACCUUAUUCUGCCCUGGUAUUCCUGGAGCUGGGAAAACAACCUUAGCAUCGAUCGUGAUCAAUGAACUAUGCAGCCAAGCCCAAAAUGAUCCCACCAUUGGGAUUGCUUUUAUUUAUUGCAGCUUUCGACGACAGGGUGAACAGAAGUUCAAUGAUUUGCUAGCUAGCCUGCUGAAGCAACUGGCUCAAGGCCGAUCAUCACUUCCAGACAUGGUGAAAUACAUCUAUGAUCAGCAUAAGAUUAGGGGGACACGGCCAUCAUCAGACGACCUAUUAAGAGCUCUUCAUCACACGGCUGGCUUGUAUUCGAAAUUCUUCAUUAUCGUGGAUGCACUUGAAUGUCAGGUUUCCGAUGGUUGCCGUACCAAAUUCAUCUCAGAACUUUUCAACCUACAGGCUCAACAAGGUAUUAGUCUUUUCGUGACUUCAAGACAUAUUCCAGAAAUCACGGAGAAAUUUCGCAAUAGCGAGUCAUUGGAGAUUCGCGCAAGCAGUGAAGAUGUGCGACAAUACCUUGAUGGCCAUAUUUCUCAACUACCAGGGUUUGUGCUUAGAAGCAUGGAGCUUCAAGAACAAGUCAAGACAAAAAUUACCGGUGCUGUUGACGGGAUGUUUUUGCUUGCACGGCUUCAUCUCAAUUCCUUGGUUGGGAAAAGGGCACCCAAGGCCGUACUUAAUGCUUUGAAUAAUUUAGCCUCGGGAUCUGAUGCAUAUCACCAUGCAUACAAGGACGUGAUUGAAAGGAUCAAAAGCCAGGUAAAAGACCAGGAAGAGCUUGCCAGGGAGGCUCUAUCGUGGAUUACAUGUGCCAGAAGACCGCUCUCUACGGCAGAACUGCAGCACGCUCUGGCAGUAGAACUCGGAGAACCGGAGCUCGAUAAAGACGAUAUUCCAUAUGUCGAGGAUAUAGUUUCUGCAUGUGCGGGAUUGGUCAUUGUGGAUAAAGAGAGCGAUGUUAUCCGCUUAGUCCACUAUACAGCGCAAGAAUACUUUGAGCAGAGAGAAAUGGCGUGGCUCUCCAAUGCUCAAUCCUACAUUACGGAGAUCUGUAUCACAUACCUGUCAUUCGACAUUUUUAAAACGGGCUACUGUACAACAGACGCGAAAUUUGAGUCGCGUUUACAGUCUAACGCUCUUUAUCACCAAGCCAUGGUCGUUUCGAAACGCUAUGCGGACGACCCCAUGUACAGCCAAAGAGCUCCAAACGGAAUGACAGGCACACAUAUUGCGGCUUUCUUCGGAUUGCAAGACAUAGUAAUCGUCGGGCAUAACCUAGAUGGUAAAGAUAGCCACGGACGAACACCGCUGUCAUACGCGGCACAGAUGGGACAUGAUAGGCUGAUUGAGGUAUUGCUAAAGAAUGACGGAGUUGAUCCUGACUCCAAGGAUCAAUACGGGCGAACGCCAUUGUCUUUUGCGGCAGGGUCGGGCAAUGAACAGGCUGUUAGGUUGUUUCUAGCUACUGGUAAAAUUAAUCCAAACUCAAGAGUUACCAACGGACUCUAUGAAGGAUGGACUCCAUUGUUAUAUACGGAACGGGCAAAGAGCGAAGCAGUGGUCGAGCUGCUGCUCACGAAGAAUGAAGUCGACCUUUUGGGUGCAGAUAAACCGGCAUCUUCAAGCAAUUACAAUCCGUCAAUGUGGGCAUGCUGUUCCUGUGAACACUCCCCUUUGCCUGUUAGCGCCAGUAAUCAAUUGCUUUUGUGGUCCAUAUAUCCUCGGGUUACCGAGAAGUUUUGGCGGAGUCGCAUAUGCGAACUCAUGCUUCUCGGACUCGAAAACAGCGUGGGUUGUGACUCACGGAUUGGUUGCACGCUGUACGAGGGAUGGACACCGUUAUGGUACGCAGUUGAAAGGGGUUACGAAGGGGCCGUCACAUUACUACUCGAGAACGACCGUGUCUGUCCGGACUCUAAAGAUAAUAAUGGCCUAUCACCUUUAUCAUUGGCAAUAGGAAAUAGACACGAAAAUGUAUUCAGGCUACUGCUCGCAAGUGACAGGGUUAAUCCAGACUUAAAAGUAGCCAGCGGGUAUUAUGAAGGACGGACUCCAUUAUUAUUGGCAGCAGAGAACGGGUACGAAAUGAUGCACCAAUGGACAGCAUUGUCGUUUGCGGCAGCGGCAGGACACGAUGGGGUGGUUAGAUUAUUACUCUCGAAUGAUGAACUGAAUCCAAUGUCUGCGGAUAAGUUCGGACGUACGCCACUGAUGUUGGCGGCGGGGAACGGGCACGAGUCUGUGGUAAAUAUUUUGCUCAAUACACACCGAGUCGACCCGGAAUUUCGGGAUUGGAAAUUUGGUUUGACGUCUUUGUCGUGGGCAGCAGGGCUCGGGUAUGAAAAUGUGGUCAAGCUGCUGCUCGCGACUGGGAAAGUCAAUCCUGACUUCAAGAGUUUUGAUGAGUUUCACAAAGGACGGACUCCGCUAUCAUGGGCAUUGAGAGGUGGUCAUAAAGAAGUAGUCGAAUUGCUGUUAGCGACUGGUAAAGUCGAUGCUGACUCAAAAACUACUAUCUUUGUUAAUGCUGGUCGGACAUCCCUGUCAUAUGCCGCCGAAAGUGGACAUGAAGACAUUGUCAAGCUACUUCUGUCAACAGGGAAAGUCAAUGCUGACUCAAAGACUACUGGAGGUGCUAAUGCUGGUCGGACAUAUCUGUCAUAUUAUGCUGAAAAUGGGCAUGAGGCCAUUGUGAAGCUGCUGUUGGCAACCGAUGAAGUUGAUGUUGACUUCAAAGCUACUGGUCAUAUUAAUAGAGGUCGGAAUCCGCUAUCUCACGCUGCUGAAAAUGGGCAUGAAACCAUUUUCAAGCUGCUACUAGCAACCGGGAAAGUUGAUGCUGAUUCAAAGGACACUGACUUUGAUUCUGGUCGAACGCCUCUGUCAUAUGCUGCUGAAAAUGGGCAUGAGGCUAUCCUCAAGCUGCUAAGGACUUGCCUCGCAGAUUCAUGA